AUGUACAAGGUAAUUAUUAUUGACCCGGAUUUUAUAACGUCCGAGUCACGUUUCCAGGAGAGUCACUUGCAGCUGGAAGCCAUCAUGGUGAGCCUCCGCCUCCGCGAGUCUCUGCUCAACCCAAGAACUCUACGGGAACUUCUCUCCAGCCCUCGCACCUUCAAAUUCCCCGAUGACGUCCUUCUGAGAGUCGGCGGAGAGACCUCUGCGUAUGCGAGUGUGGUGAAGGACCCGGCCGCCCUCACUGGCUUCGCUCUGGACGGCCCCCUCAGCCAUAUCAUCGAGGUUCUCGCUCGUACCAUGAAUUUCUCGUACAGCGUGGUGCAGUCGCCCGACCGCAGCUUCGGAGCCAAGCUUCCCAAUGGGUCGUGGACAGGACUGGAAGUGGACAUCGGUCUAGGGCCUCUCACGAUGUCAGAGAGCAGAGCAGAAGCUGUGGACUUCGCCGACAGGGUAACCAACCUGCAGCUGAGGGUCCUGGCCGGGAAGAGGAGUCCAGAACUCAAUCCGUGGGGUUUCCUGUACCCCCUUGGCCCUCUAGUGUGGCUGGGACUGGUCGCGGCGCUGGCGUGCGUGUCGGCGGCGUCCCUGGCGUUGGGCGAACGCAGUCGGAGGCUCAGGUUAAGAUGGUACAAGGGAGCCUUUGAAUUGUUUCACGCGCAUUUAGGCAUUCUUCUUCGCCAAGACUUACCAAACUGGUUUUCUCGAGGACCUGAGAAGAUGGUGGUGGGAAGCUGGAUGUUGGUUGCCAUGGUUGUGACGAUGGGAUAUUCUAGUACUCUGGUGUCCCUCCUGGCUGCCAGAAAUAUUCCUCAGCCCAUAAACUCUUUAAGGGAACUUGUAGAUUCAGAUAGUGUAGUUGUAAUGAAACCAAAGACUGCUUUCACAGACUUUUUUGAAAACGCCCCAGGUGGAGUGUACAAGGAAGUGGGCGACCUGCGGCACGUUGGGCGGGUGGAGUACGCCGUCCACCAGGAGCACGCCCGCAUCCUUGAUACGUUGGUGCGCGGGGGCGUCCACACGUUCAUCGAAGCGGAUUACAACAGCUUCAAACUCAUGGCUGAUGAUUUUAGGAGGAAAGGGCGCUGCGACUUCUACCAGAGUCGCGACACCUUCCUGGCCAGCCCCAUGAGCGUCGUCGUGCCCCGUGGAAGCCCCCUCCUCGCUGCUAUAAAUCACAGGUAUUGUUACUUGCGAAAUGAGCCAAAAGCCCUAACUGUAGUUUACAUUGGAAAAGUGUAG